UCUCCGCGGACUCGCGCAUCGGCGCGUUUCACGUUGUUACGCAUCUGCGCAGUUAUUUAACCGAAUUGUGAAACAUGCAGUAAUUGAGCCAAUCGUUUGACUGGAAACGUCUCUCGGAUUUUACUCUCAUGGUUCAGAGCAUCUGGCACAGUUUCACACUGUCUGUCUCUAAGCCCUGUUUUUGCACGCUGCCCCCCUCCCUGCUCCCUGCCUUUUCAUUCAUUCCGGGAUCGUCCUGCUAGUGACUCAUUCUUUCAGGGCAGCUGCAAAGAAGAUGUCUGAUCCCGAUGCAAACCAUCCUGGCGGAGCCCCCGAGGGCGAAGGCGGCCCACCAGCGCCGCCACCCAACCAGACCAGUAACCGCAGGCUACAGCAAAGCCAGGCUCAAGUAGACGAGGUGGUGGACAUCAUGCGUGUCAAUGUGGAGAAGGUCCUGGACAGAGAUCAGAAGCUCUCCGAGCUGGACGACCGGGCCGACGCGCUGCAGGCGGGCGCCUCGCAGUUUGAGAGCAGCGCUGCCAAGCUGAAGAAUAAGUACUGGUGGAAGAACUGUAAGAUGAUGAUCAUGAUGGCCAUCAUAGGCAUCAUCGUGGUUGGGAUCCUAUUCAUGUACUUCUUCUACUGAGCUGGACUCAGCUGGAAGGAGACGCAUUUUUGGGAGAAAGCAGCCAAAUGUGCUCCUGCACCUCCUCGCUUAGUGCGCCUCCAUCGCCACGCCUCCGGCACACAUGCACGGCACUGUGGGGGGGUGCGGCAGGAGGAGAGGGGCCCCACAGCAGAAUUGCUGCAGCUCUGCAUCCCCUCGGUCUCAUUACCUCUCCUUUCAUAUUUUCCUGGUUAUGCUUUACAUUAGCUGUACCUUCAUAGAGCAUUCAUAAGCAGCAUGUGAGUCAGAGCAUCACAUUCAUAGCACUUCUAAUGAACAAGACAUGACAGCUGUAAGACACAUUAAUAAUUAAUGUUAUAAUCAUAUAAUAAAGUGUAUUAAAGCUGUUAAGGUAUGUUAGGAUGGUAAGGUAUAUUUAGCUGCUGCUUAUGAAUGUUCUAUAAAUGCAUUAUGAAGGCGUACUGAAUGUUCUAUGAAUGCAUUAUGGAGGCAUUAUGAAGGUGCAGUUACAUGUAUAGCAUCACCAUCUUUUCAAUGUGUCAUUUAUGCCAGCAGCUGAAAAAUGCACCGUUGGGGAUUCCUGCGUAAUAGCAGCAUUAUUUUCCAGUUGCAGCUUACAGUACUACCAGUAAAAAUGACUGUGAGGAUAUUUAUUGCUGAAGUUUUCUUGUGACCAUAAAUAAUGCACUUGUAUGCCUUGCUGGUUUGUUGGCCUCCACUAUUUCUGUUUUCUGCAUCCGGGGGUAACGGCGGAAACAGACGUGACCAGGAAUGUGGCAGAUUCAGCUUCUUUUUUUCUGUGUCAUUGUCAGAAAGAGAACAAUUUUGCAGUCUUAUGGUUUGAUUGAAAUACAUUGUGAUUAUUAAACUUGCUUUUUUCACUAUGCAGUUUACAUACAUUAAACCACAUCCCGUUAUCCUAAAGCAGUAUGACAAUGAUACAUCGUUCUGACUCAUCUGUAUAUUAUUUUUUAAGAGUUUCAGCUUUUUCUUGUAUCAUUUUCUCGAUUUAGGUUGGAACAGCAAAAGCCAGGUUUAACAAUUAAUUUUCAUGCAAGUACAAUAUAUUUUAUAUUAUUUUAGUAAUAUCAAUUACUAAAAUAUCCAUUAUUUCUGUUUAUUCACUAAAAGUUUACUAUUGGGUUAAUGAUGGGAAUCAGUACGGUUGUGCCAGGCAGCUACGGCAUGUUAUUAAGUAACUGAGACGUGUUUUGAGACUGCAGCUCAUUUGUGACUUUUUGCUAUAAACCAAUGUCCAUUUGCAUUUAACGUUACUGAUGCUAAUAAAUAUGUAAAUAUA